AUGGAUUCAUUAAGCCCUGCCGUCUUUGUCAAUAUGGAACUGUUACCCUUCUGUGUUGGAAGAAGGGUUCGUACAGUGAUACAAGUCGUGCGAUCUAAGGGUUUAGUUGUCAUUGGAAAAUCACCGGAUGAGAAGCAGAUUAUUGUAAAAGUAUCACCUGAUUCACCCCUACCAUCUCCUCUUACAGCUUUUGUAGAAGUUAUUGGUAUCGUCAACAGUGACAAGUCCAUCAAAGCUGAGUUAUGGACCAACUUUGGGGAUGAAAUCGAUAUGUUCAGCUACCAUAAGCUUUGUCAGCUUGCAAAUGGAUAA